CAGCAGCAGAAGCCAGUCCGGAAAAAGCAGAGGAAGUGUGGGUGAGCCAGAGUGGUUCCGAGUUGUAGCCAUCAUGACCACUCUCCAAGCCACGAAGGAUCCUCUCCUCAGGGGUGUAUCUCCUACCCCCAGCAAGAUUCCCAUACGCUCUCAGAGACGCCCCCCUCUAUCCACAGUCAAACGCUGCGUCCGGGACCAGGAGAACCAAGAUCCAAAGGGACUGGUGCAAAAGCUCAGUAUUCAACAUCCCGUCGACUCAGCAGGCCCCACGCCAAAAGUCACACAUCAAACGGAGAAAUCAGAAAAAUCACUGGGGAGCACUCAGCUCCGGAACCCCUUGGAGGAACUGAAGCCUAGCCCUGGGGGACAAAAUGUGGGGCCUAGGCCCCCUCCCCAGACAGAGGCUCCAGGGACCAUAGAGUUUGUGGCUGACCCUGCAGCCCUGGCCACCAUCUUGUCAGGUGAGGGGGUGAAGAGCUGUCGCCUGGGGCGCCAGCCCAGUCUGGCUCAGAGAGUACUGGUUCGAGGGAGCCAGGGAGGCACCACCCGUAGGGGCCAGGGUGCCCGUGCCUCUGCAUAUUUAGCCCCUAGAACUCCCACCCACCGACCGGACCCUGCCAGGGCUUCCUGCUUCUCGAGGCUAGAGGGACCAGGACCCCGAGGCCGGACCUUGUGUCCCCAGAGGCUAGAGGCUCUGAUUCCACCUUCAGGACCUUCCUCUCACCCUUCUGCUCACCCCAGUUUCCAGGAGCUAAGAAGAGGGACAGGUGGCAGCAGCCGGACUUCAGUGAACCAGACCUCAGGAUUACUCCUGGAGACAUCAGUCCCGCCUGCUCCCUCUCUCCCUGAAGGAGAACAUGAAGUUGUUACUCACUCUGAUGAAGGAGGAGGGCCCCCCCUAGGUCUGGCCCAGCGGGUACCAUUAAGAGGGAUAACCCACACCAGGGACGGCCGCGCCUCCCACCUGAUACCCUCCCCUGGCCGUGUGGUGCCGCCUUCCAUCGCCCACCCAUCACCCUUCGGAAGGGCUCAGCGCGUACCCUCGCCUGGCACCUCAGCUCCCACCUCGUAUUCAGUUUUGCGGCGUCUUGCCAUUCGCCCCAAAACCCAGUUCACACCCACUCUAUCAGCCCCCAGAGUUCAGCAGGCCAGGUGUUUGAGCGGCCUCUCCCCUCAGCCUUGCCCUGAAGAGCCUGCCCUGCCCUGGGAGCAAAUUGCAGUCCGGUUAUUUGACCAGGAGAGUUGUGUGAGUUUGCACGAGGGUCCUGGGAAACCCACUGUGGCAACUCCUCAUGGACCCCACCCUGGCACAACCCCCAAGCUCCAGGAGCUGAAGAUGCAGCGCAUCAGUAUCCUGCAGCAGCUGUUGCGACGGGAGGUAGAAGGGCUCGCAGGGGACAAGUGUGUCCCCCUAAAUGGAGGCUCUGCUCUGGAUAUGGUUGAACUUCAGCCCCUGCUGGCUGAGAUUUCUAGAACUCCAAAUGCCCCGGAGCAGAAUUCAGGGGCCUUACCCCUUCCUGGACUGUUAGAGGACCCUGUGCUACCAAAGCCCUGCCUCCCAGAGGAGCGAGUGGAGCCACAGUUCUGCACAGGAGCAAAGCUGGAGAUAGCUCAGCCUCCAGAGCCCAGCGAUAGCAGGGAGCCUGGGAUACCAGAACCCUCUGUCCAGGAACAGCCUGAGGUAUCAGAGCCCUGCCCUCCAGGAGAGCCUCGACCCCUUCCGGCAGACCCCCAAGGGCAGACUGGACUCCUAGAGCCCUCCCCUAGGAUAGAGCCUGGGGCAUCAGAGGCCUGCUCCCUGGAACCUACAAGUCCAGAGUCCAGCCCACAGCCCUGCUGCCGUCAGUGGGCUCCAGCGACCACCUGCCUGAUCUUCUCCUCCCAACGCCCACUCUGUGCCAGCCCCCCCAUUCACUCACUCCGAUCACUGAGGCCCCCAACAGGCCAGGCAGGCCCCAGCAACCUGGCCCCUAGAACCAUGGCUCUGAGGCAGCGCCUCAAAGCAUGUUUGACUGCCAUCCACUGCUUCCAUGAGGCCCGCCUGGAUGACGAGUGUGCCUUCUACACCAGCCGAGCCCCACCGUCAGGCCCCACCCGGGUCUGCACCAACCCUGUGGCCACGUUACUUGAAUGGCAGGACGCCUUGUGUUUUAUUCCAGUUGGUUCUGCGGCCCCACAGGACUCUCCAUCAUGAUACAUCCACAUCCUGCCCUGCCUUGCUCCUUCCUUUUAGCCCUUAUUUAUUAUCCUUCAAUAAAGUAUUUUAAAAAAAA